ACGACUGGCAUUUAAACGCGCGCCGGGGGCGGCGGGAUGCUGCGGAUGCGGAGCCGUGUGCGCCGCUUACUCCCAGCUGCCUGGGCACCACUGCAGGGGAGCCCGAGCAUCCUCUAGCCACGCAUCUGGGGAGACCCAGGAUCCCCUGCACCGGUUCCCUGGCAGGUUUGCUUUUAAUUUCCAAGGUUGCAGCUCCCUUGGCUCAGCCGGCAGCAUCCUCCUCCCCAGCUCAGCUGCGGAUGAAGCAGGGGCUGGGCUGGGUCCAGCAGCUGGGGCAGCUCCGGCCAUGGUGCAUCUGAGCCUGGUGCUCCGGUGAGGUGGCCGCGGCUCGACCCAGGCUGGUGCCUCUCCCUGGAGCCUUCCCCCAGCUGCCACGAUGUUCAGCUGGUUGGGUAACGAUGAUCGCCGCAGGAAGGACCCCGAGGUCUUCCAGACGGUGAGUGAGGGGCUCAAGAAACUCUACAAGAGCAAGCUGCUGCCCCUGGAAGAAUAUUACCGCUUCCAUGAGUUCCACUCACCCGCCCUGGAGGAUGCUGAUUUCGACAACAAACCCAUGGUCCUGUUGGUGGGCCAGUACUCUACUGGGAAGACCACUUUCAUCAGGUACCUGCUGGAACAGGAUUUCCCAGGCAUGAGGAUCGGGCCCGAGCCGACCACUGAUUCUUUCAUAGCAGUGAUGCAAGGGGACGUAGAGGGGAUCAUCCCUGGGAACGCCCUGGUGGUGGAUCCGAAGAAACCCUUCAGAAAGCUCAAUGCCUUCGGCAAUGCCUUCUUGAACAGGUUUGUGUGUGCCCAGCUGCCCAAUGCCGUGCUGGAGAGCAUCAGUGUCAUUGACACACCGGGGAUCCUCUCCGGUGAGAAACAGAGGAUCAGCCGAGGGUAUGAUUUUGCUGCUGUCCUCGAAUGGUUUGCCGAGCGGGUGGACCGCAUCAUCCUGCUCUUUGACGCCCACAAGCUGGACAUCUCUGACGAGUUCUCGGAAGUCAUCAAGGCUCUCAAGAACCAUGAGGACAAGAUGCGAGUCGUGCUGAACAAGGCGGACCAGAUUGAGACCCAGCAGCUGAUGCGGGUGUACGGGGCCCUCAUGUGGUCCCUGGGGAAGAUCGUGAACACACCGGAGGUGAUCCGGGUCUACAUUGGCUCCUUCUGGUCCCACCCUCUCCUCAUUCCUGACAACCGGAAGCUCUUUGAAGCUGAAGAGCAGGACUUGUUCAGAGACAUCCAGAGUCUACCCCGUAAUGCUGCCCUUCGAAAGCUCAAUGAUCUCAUCAAGAGGGCCCGGCUGGCCAAGGUCCACGCCUACAUCAUCAGCUCCUUGAAGAAAGAAAUGCCCUCGGUGUUUGGAAAGGACACCAAAAAGAAGGAGCUGGUGAACAACCUGGCUGAGAUUUAUGGCCGGAUUGAGCGAGAGCACCAGAUCUCCCCCGGGGACUUUCCCAACCUGAAGAGGAUGCAGGACCAGCUGCAGGCCCAGGACUUCAGCAAAUUCCAGCCACUGAAGAGCAAGCUCCUGGAGGUGGUCGAUGACAUGCUGGCACACGACAUUGCCCAGCUCAUGGUGCUGGUGCGCCAGGAAGAGACCCAGCGACCUGUCCAGAUGGUGAAAGGCGGGGCAUUUGAGGGAACCCUACAAGGCCCCUUCGGGCAUGGCUAUGGAGAGGGGGCCGGGGAAGGUAUUGAUGAUGCCGAGUGGGUGGUGGCCCGAGACAAGCCUAUGUAUGAUGAGAUCUUCUACACCCUAUCCCCGGUGGACGGCAAGAUCACGGGCGCCAAUGCCAAAAAGGAGAUGGUACGUUCCAAGCUACCCAACAGCGUGCUGGGCAAGAUCUGGAAGCUAGCCGACAUUGACAAGGAUGGCAUGCUGGAUGAUGAGGAGUUUGCCCUGGCCAACCACCUUAUCAAAGUCAAGCUGGAGGGCCAUGAACUGCCCAAUGAGCUGCCUGCCCACCUCAUUCCUCCGUCUAAGAGGAAAAUAUCUGAGUGACAGAGCCAGGUAACUUCAGACAGGCAGUGUGAGAAGAGAGAAUGAGCAUGAUGACCACACACACACACACAUACACACACA